AUACAAUUGAGGAUUAUACCGAGUAAAAGAAUAGUUUUUUCGUAAAUAAAGCAAUUCGUUCAAGUUCACCAUACACGUUUUUAGAGUACAGUUGUAAAUUGCCUAGUUUUUGCUGUAUCUUUUAAUUCCAUCUACGUAAUUCUACGUGAAUCUUUAGAAGAAUGGUGUUUUUAAGUGCUCAAUUGUUUGGGAGAUGUCGAGGUCCUGACGAAUUCUGGCGAAAGCGACAAAUAUUUAAGCUCGCCGCGCAUUACAUUGGACGGAGAAGGAACUGUUACAGCAUAGCCAUAAAAAAUGUCCAGAGAGCAUUGUUAAAAUCUACUGUGGGAAGGCAGCUUAAAAAACAAGAUAUGAAAGAACUUUGGGAAACUAGGAUAGAUGCCGCUACAAAUGAACACGGUAUUAGUUUGAGGCCAUUUUUGGAAGGGUUGAGUAGAUGUAACAUUUUACUUAAUCGUAAAUCAUUAGCGACUUUGGCUAUCUGGGAACCACGGACAUUUAAGUGUUUAUCUAAUAUUGCCUGCGCAAAGGCAAAACUGGGAGGACUCAAAGAAGUUUCCGAUACUCCCAUGCCUGAAAGUGUUGUAGUCAAAGGAUUAGUCGAUGAACAACAUUAAAAAAAA